AUGGCAAGCCGCCACUUGAAUUUAGAGCAAAUAUCAAAUCUGCUAAAUGAAGAUGAAGAGAAGCCAUUUGAUGAAACCGACGAUGAGUUAGGCAUCGGAGAACACUUAACUGAACAACAAAAUGAUAAUUCUGACUCUGAGCAGGGAGAAACCGACUCAAAAGAUCAAGCAGGGCCAUCUUCAUCACAAUAUUAUAUAGGCAGGGACAAGCAAACCAAAUGGUCAAAAAACUCUUCAAGCCAAAGAAUAAGACAAAGAGCUCACAACAUUGUUUUGCAUUCACCUGGACCAAAGGGAGAAGCUAAGAAUGCUAAGAGUAAGACAGGUUGUUUCAAUUUAUUUUUUGAUAAGAAUAUAGUAGAUUUAAUUUUAAAAUAUACAAAUGAAUAUAUUGAUAAAAUGCGUACACGUUUUAAAAGAGAACGUGACGCAAAAAAUUUGACUAGCGAUGAAUUACAAGCAUUUUUUGGAUUGCUAAUGAUGUCUGGUCUUCUCAGAUCUUCACAUCUGAAUUUUCUUGAUCUUUGGGCAAAUGAUGAUACUGGAAUAGAUUUUUUUCUGAUGUGA